AUGGAAAAGGGUUCUAAUUGCACUGUACCAGGCAUAAAGAGCCCCGCGACGCGGUCAGGAAUAUUUGGUCAUCUUGUAGAACUAUCGGUAUAUUUUCCCAACAUUCCUAAGUUUUCUAAAUUUCAUAGAGAAAAAGAAAUACUAAUGUUAUGGGUCUUUGUCAAAGUGAAGAGGAAAAAAAAACUACACGAAAGAAGUAAAGGGAUUGAUCGCGAAAUUAAUGAAAGUGCGAUCGAAAGUGCCAAAGCUAUCAAACUGCUAUUACUCGAUACUGGUGAUUCGGGUAAGAGCACAUUGCUAAAGCAGAUGAGCAACGUUUGGUUGUAUUCGAAUACAAUUCAUGCAAUGGAUGAUAUCUUAAAAGUUAUGGAACGGUGUAGUAUUAAAUUCAGUGAACCAGCCAGAAAGGAUGAUUCAGCUGUCAUUGCUCAAGCGAUUAGCACAGAAUCGAAGUCAAUAACUUAUGAGAUUGCAACAGCAAUCAAGAAUCUGUGGCAAGAUCCUGCAAUUCAAAAUAUUUACGAAAGAAGACAUGACCAUAAUCUACAUGAGUCUGCCAAACAGUUCGGCUUAAUUUAA